AUGGACGCGUCCCGGAGCCGCUCGCUGGGCCUCGGCGUGGCCGUGGCGCACGGCGUGUUCUCCGGCUCGCUGAACAUCCUCCUGAAGUUCCUCAUCAGUAAUUAUCACUUCGACUUCCUGACGCUCAUCCAGCUGCUGACCAGCAGCGCGGCGGCGCUCAGCCUGGAGCUGCUGCGGCGGCUCGGGAAGGUCCAGGUGCCGCCGUUCAGCCUGGAGCUCUCCAAGGAGUUCUGGCCGGUGUGCGUCCUCUCCACGCUGCAGUCCACCCUCACGCUGUGGUCUCUGCGCGGCCUCAGCCUGCCCAUGUACGUGGUGUUCAAGCGCUGCCUGCCGUUCGCCACGCUCAGCAUCGGCGUGUGCGUGCUGAGGAACGGCGUGCCGUCCGCCGGCGUGAUCGUGGCCGUGGUCAUCACCACCGGGGGCGCCGCGCUGGCCGGUGCCGGCGACCUCACCGGCGACCCCUUCGGCUACGUCACCGGCGUGCUGGCGGUCGUGGUCCACGCCUCCUACCUGGUCCUGAUCCAGAAGACCAGCCUGGACGGCGCCCACGGGCCGCUCACGGCGCAGUACGCCAUCGCCGUCAUGGCCACGCCGGUGCUCCUGGUGUGCUCCCUGGUCUCCAUGGAGACCGUCUCCAUGUGGUCGUACGCGGGCUGGCGGGACCCCGGCGUGCCGGCGCUGCUCGCGGUCUGCGUGCUGCUGGGCUGCUGCAUGAACUUCACCACGCUGCACUGCACCUACAUCAACUCGGCCGUGACCACCAGCUUUGUGGGCGUGGUCAAGAGCAUCGCCACCAUCACCGUGGGCGUGCUGGCGUUCAGCGACGUGGCGCCGACCCGCCUGUUCAUCGGCGGCGUGGCGGUCAACACCGUCGGCUCCGUCACCUACUGCGCCGUCAAGUACUGCGAGAUCCGCAGGAAGAGCCUGUACGAGGACCUGGAGGAGGGGGGCGGGGCCGGCGGGGGGGGCGGGGCGGAGCCCGCGAGCACCGGCCCGGAACCCGCGGCCGACGGAGAGGCGUGGACCGGAGACGGAGCGGCGGGCGGAGGAGUCAUGACGGAGGAGGAGGCGCUGGAGAUGCAGAGGGAGCACCUCCACGGGGGGAGGAGCCACGCCCCCCCCGCCCCCCCCCGGCCGCUCAGCGACGUGUGGCGGUCCAUCAGGAACCUGCAGCCCCCCAAGGGAGAGACUCUGGUGGACCACAUGGAGCAGCAGAGUCCGUGAGACCUGGACCCAGACCCGGACCCAGACCCAGACCCAGAACCGGACCCAGACCCUAACCCAGACCCAGACCCGGACCUGGACCCAGACCUGGACCCAGACCCAGACCCUAACCCAGACCCAGACCCGGACCCAGACCCUAACCCAGACCCAGACCCAGACCCAGA